AUGAACUUGUCGGCCUCGACCACCACCGAGGCUAGGAGAGUCUACUGCGUCUACCCAGUCAGCGGCAACUACACAAGCUUCCAGCGCAGCCUCUUCUACCUGACCACGGCGUUCGCCCUGUUCGGCCACGCGCACGAGUGGCUGACAGCAGGCGCCCUGGCGUUCGCCGUGUCCUACUCAUCCACCGCAGCCGUCCACGGGAUAGCCCUGGCCCUCCAGCGCGAGCCCCAGUACGACGGGGACAUCGACGCCGUCGGCUGCAUCGUCCCGUGGGCCACGUACGCGUCCUUCGCCUGCGCGCUCUUCUGCCCGCGCCUCCUCGGCAGGAACCUGGCCCCGCUCGUCCACAGCUGGACCUGCCUGCUCGUCGCGUGCAACCUGGCGCUGGCCUUCAACAGCACGAGGCUGUACUCGAAGACGGCCGCCUCGCUCGUCCUGUCCCGCCGGGGCGGGGACGGCGCGUGGUCCGACCCCUGUGCCGGGAUGGAACUGCGCACGCUCUUCCGCGGCUAUCCUGGCGAUUCGAUGAGCUCGGUGGUCUGGGGCAGCGUCAACGUCACCGAUGUGUCGUUGGCACAGCCGGCUGGUGCUGACGGCGGCAUUGUCCGUGUGCCAGAUGUUGUUCGGCUUGCGGACUUGGUCUGGCUCAUCGUUCUACAGUCUUUGAGGAAUUGUCUCAUGGUUGCGCCAUCGAUCCGGAUACUAGCUGCGGACCGUCGGGCUUCCAGAAACGAUGUCUUUGUGCGUUUGCUUGCAAAGCGAGUGCUCUACCCGCCAUCGGCAUGGAAGGGGCCAAAGAUGUUUCCAGCGAUUGUGAUCGUACGGUUCCUGCAGCUUUACUGGUUCUUGCUCGAGUGCCUCCCCUUCCUUUCCGUCGUCGACGUCCCGAUACGGAUCGCUGCGCAUACGCUGUCCUGGUACUUUCGAAUGCGGGAGGUGAGGCUUCAAGACCUGUCGUUUCUGGAACCCCAGCUAUCUCCAAGGAGAUACCAGGCUGCCAAGCUCAUCGCCAUGGCCGUGUACACCCUGACCACGCUGGGCUACGUGACAUGGCUACCUGUAGUUGCGUCCUUCGCCAGGAGCGGAGCCGGGCGCCUCCCGGAUAUCCCAGAGUCCGAGACCUUCCGGGCAGUUGGGCAGUGGUCACCCUGGCUCGCCCUGGGCCUGGCAGUGGUCACGGCACUCGCUAGCCGCCUGCUGCGGAGGUGGGAUACCGAAGGCGAGUCGGGUCAAGACCACAUGAAAUCGAUGGAUUCAUGGAUGCAGCACCAUCGGUUCAGGCUCGUCUAUACUGAGAUACGGAAUUGGCUUGCUGCUGAGUGGGGGGAGGCGACAGAGUGGUGGAGGCAUCCGGAGAAGGAAGCAAUCGCUUCUCUGAGGGCCGCGGAGCAGGACGAUGAUAGUGACGACAGGUUCACCAGCAGAAUGAUCCAAGCACUAGAAGCAUUUAGCACAGAUCGGGAUGGCUUUAUUCUCCCUCUGUCUGUGCCUAGGCAGCCGAAUGAGCAGCUUCGAGGACAAGACGGCCAGCCUCUUUAUAGCAUCAAUGUAGAGCCGAUCACUCUGAGAAAUAUAGCAAGGAAGGUCAAGGAGAAAAAGAGAUAA